GUCCGAAUGACACCCAACCCCAUCAUCAUCUCUUUCCCUUAAUCUUUUUCCUCAGCUUCUCUCUCUCUCUCCCUCUUUCUACAAUGGCAUCACUACACUCCCUCGCUCUCUCCCAUCCAUGUUCGCGUUGCCAUCAGCCUCGCUCUGUUCCUGGUAUAGCAUCUGGUAUUGUUCAUCAAAAUGCACCUUCAUUCUUCACUGGUCGAAACCUCCCCCGUUUGCAGUUUUCAUCCCGCAGAUGUAGCCAAACAACUCCUAGACAAAGUAUAAUAAUGAUGGUAAAACCAUCAAUCCAGUUCAUACAAGGAACAGAUGAACAGACGGUACCCGAUGUAAAGCUAACCAAAUCCAAGGAUGGAACGAAUGGUGUGGCCACAUUCAGGUUUGACCAACCCUCCGUAUUUGACUCCUCUAAAGAGGUUGGCGAUAUUACUGGGUUUUAUAUGAUUGACGAAGAAGGGGUUCUUCGUUCAGUGGAUGUAAAUGCCAGGUUUGUGAACGGUAAACCUGCGGGGAUUGAAGCUAAGUACAUUAUGAGGAAUCCGAGAGAAUGGGACAGGUUUAUGAGAUUUAUGGAGCGGUAUGCUAAUGCCAAUGGCUUAUCAUUCAUCAAGAAAUGAGGCAACUUUUAGUUUCGGUUCCCAUUUAUAUUCACUUUGUAAUCCAAUUUACAGUUUUAUUUUUCCCACUCCGCUUGUUACUAAUGAGUAUGCAUGUACAUUUUUAUCUUCCUUUUUCAAAUGGAGCGCAGAGAUCAUUCUUG